CAGAGAAAAACACAUCGAGGUUCUGUGGAACUACACCAGCAGCCUCAACGUCCUUCACCCGUCCGAGUGGAAGGACAAGGUCAACGAGAGGCUCAAGGAGUUUGAACAGGAAAUUUAUGAGGUAUGAGAACCACUGAGGUAAGUGUCGGACUUUGGUGCCCCCCCCCCCCGGGCCAUCCAUUUUUAUUUUGUUUUGGCGAGGGGCGGGUUCUAUUCCUCUUGUUUUCACUUGAAUAUUGUUUAGAGGUGGCGAGUACCUUAAAGAAUAUUUAUCUUUUCAUCAGUGGCGUGAGAAAGGGGGGUGCGGAUAGGACGGGUGGGGGAGGGGGGGCGUGCCGCUACAGGGAGCACUUUUUUCUUUAUAGAGAGAGAGAGAGGCGGCAUUUUCGGCCAUCUGCAGGAUUUUUUUUUUACGUGGACAAGUGCGGCAAAAUUCUUUUCCCGUCCCGGGCGCAGCUAACCCUGGCUACGCCACUGCCUCUCAUGUCAAUCAAUGUCUCGUUGAAUCAAUAUGUUGAUAACCUGUAAGGACACUGCAUUUCUAUCAAUUAGGUAAGAACGAGCUGGAGUCAGUGAGCGCUUUCUAUCCAAGCUCGUCUCAGCAUUCCGUUCACAUCAAUAACCAGUUCUCAGCUCCAGCGCUUCAUUUCAGACCCAGCUUGAAGUCCGACUAGAUUUCAGCUUAUCACCUGUGUCAAAAGGAGAAAAGGAGUUCAUCUAUUGUGACUGUUAAAGGGUGGGGGGGGGAUUCCACACAUGUUACUGGGAUGUCUCGUUGGGAUCUGUUAAAUAUCUUUUAAGUUUUAUGACAAACAAUUAAUGUUAAACAGGUUGUUGUUUUCUGGUGAGGAAACGAAUAUGAGCAGGUCAACUUGAGAAAUAGAAAUCAACAUUAAAUAUGAAAUAGCUCAAUAUCCCAAGGACAAAUAAUGUUUCACGUAGGCUUCUCGUAUAAUUCACGUAUGCUUCACGUAUGCCCUUUGAUUUAGCUCUCAGUUUGUUCAUUAAGCUCUAGUAUGAAUAAUUACGUUUGAUUAGAGAGGGAAAUCCUUAGUUUGUUGUUGAUGGCCUUCGUUGCUGAGGGACGUGGUUAGACAGGCGUGCAGAGCUCCCAGUGGUUUUGAUAAGUGAGAGCAUUUCGGGCUGAACAAUGGGAGAGGAAGGUAAAUGGUUGGCUGCAGUUAAAUCUUUUCUUUGAAACUUUCAAAUUUCAUUUUUUAAAAAAAAAAUUGGUAUCAGGUUUAAUCGACACCUUCUCGUAGUACCAGAAUAUUUUCUCGUAAAAAAAAAAAACGUAUCUCAUGAUUAAAUAUAACAACAUUUCUGACUUAUAAACACUUUAAAAUGUAAUCAAAUAUUUAAAAAAAAAAAAAUUACAUUUUGAUUGAUUCGCAGGCUAAAGAGAAAGGCUGGGAUGGAAUAAAUGACUACACGCCCCGGACAACAAAAUGGACGUACCCUACAGCCCUGCUCUUCUCGGUUACUAUCAUUACAACUAUAGGUAAGACUUCGGCCGCCAGAGGGGAGUUGGGUCUGCGCUGCCGAUGCGUUCUUACUGUGGAAACAUGAAGUUUUCUUCCAUUUGUAACUGCUAAUUUAGAGCAGACGACCGCGUGAUGACGUACCGAUGACAGGAAGUUAAAAAUAGAUAUUCUUUAAAAAAAAAAAAAUAUAAAAAAAAUAAAGAUGUUAAACACAGAGAGCAGAGCUUUGUUGUCCAGGCACUGCGCCCAUGGGCGCCUGCAGUGGGGGGGGCAAGGAGGGCACUUGCCCCUCCCCCCCCCCCCCGGCUUGAUUGGAUAAAAAAAAUUUAGACACAAAUAGACAAAAAAUUUAUUAAAAAAAAGAGAAAAUAAAGAGAAAGUAAUUAAGCUGAUGUCCUGUCCCUUCGUUCCCCAUAUAAAUACGCUACAGUAAAUUAAAACUAUAUUAAAACAUUACUAAAAAUUUUUGCCCCCCCCCCCUGGAAAGUUAAUCGAUUUUUUUGCCCCCCCCCCCCUCCUAGAAAGUUUUUUGCGGGAGCCCAUGACUGGGCCCGUUGUUGUGUGGUAUGUUGGGGGGGGGGGAACCUCUCUCUGACAGAUUAAACGGAAUUCGUUUAAUGACAUCAAUUUUCCAGCGUAGUUCACGGUCGGUCAGUCAUCUGCGAAUUUGGUGUUCAAUCAGUACCUAACACAUUAUCUUGAUUGGGAUAGUGCAGUUAUCAGUGUGAUUGGGAUAGUGCAGUCCUUAGUGUGAUUGGGAUACUGUGGCAAAACAAUCUUUAAAAGAUGAGUAUAUAGCUCCAAAAUCUCUUCCACCGCCUAGCAACUACUUCCAGAUGGCGCCUAGCAACUAUUUCAAGGUGGCGCCUAGCAACUAUUUCUAGGUGGCGCCUAGCAACUAUUUCUAGGUGGCGCCUAGCAACUAUUUCUAGGUGGCGCCUAGCAACUAUUUCUAGGUGGCGCCUAGCAACUAUUUCUAGGUGGCGCCUAGCAACUAUUUCGACAGAUCGAUGGAUUUUCUGGACAAAGCUCCAAACAACGCUUUCGGAUCUAAUUUUUUUUUAUAAAUAAUGAUGUCUCGCUGCAUAGAAUAGCAAUUAUAUGUGAAGAGAGGGGAGAGAGAGAGAGAGAGAGAGACAGAGAGAGAGAGAGAAAGUAAGAGAGAGAGAAAGUGUGUGCGAGAGAGACAGUGAGAGAGACGGAAAGUGAGAGCGAGAAAGUGAGAGAGAGAGAGAAAGUGUGUUUGUGUGAGAGAGAGAGAGAAGAAGAGAGAGAGAGAGUCGGAAAGUAAGAGAGAGCGAGAGUGAGCGAGAGAAAGUGUGUGUGUGAGGAGAGAGAGGGAGAGAAAGUGAGAGAGAGAGAGAGACGAAGAUAGAGAAAAAGUGAGAGUGGGAGAGAGAGAGAGUCGGAAAGUAAGAGAGAGCGAGAGUGAGCGAGAGAAAGUGUGUGUGUGAGGAGAGAGAGGGAGAGAAAGUGAGAGAGAGAGAGAGACGAAGAUAGAGAAAAAGUGAGAGUGGGAGAGAGAGAGAGUCGGAAAGUAAGAGAGAGCGAGAGUGAGCGAGAGAAAGUGUGUGUGUGAGGAGAGAGAGGGAGAGAAAGUGAGAGAGAGAGAGAGACGAAGAUAGAGAAAAAGUGAGAGUGGGAGAGAGAGAGAGUCGGAAAGUAAGAGAGAGCGAGAGUGAGCGAGAGAAAGUGUGUGUGUGAGGAGAGAGAGGGAGAGAAAGUGAGAUAGAGAGAGAGACGAAGAUAGAGAAAAAGUGAGAGUGGGAGAGAGAGAGAGAAAGUGUGUGUGAGAGAGAGAGAUAGAGAGACGAAGAUAGAGAAAAAGUGAGAGAGAGAGAGAGAGAGAGAGAGAGAGAAAGUGUGAGAAAGAGAGAGAGAGAGAGCGCGUUGGAAAUUAAAUCUGCAAAGCAAUUAUUUAGGGAGCAGAUUGGAUUGAUGGAGAGAGGUCGCACUCUAACGUUUUACUCCUGAUAGUUGAAAUUAAAAAAAAAAAUGCCUUGAUACAAAUAUAACUAAGAUAUUUUUUAAAACUCUUUUACAUUAAUGGAUAUGUUUGUGAGCUCAAAACACAAGGCAGUGAAUUGUAGCUUUGACUUUCUGUUCUUAAGCUAAAACACAAGGCAGUGAAAUGUAGCUUUGACUUUCUGUUCUUAAGCUCAAAACACAAGGCAGUGAAAUGUAGCUUUGACUUUUUGUUCUUAAGCUCAAAACACAAGGCAGUGAAUUGUAGCUUUGACUUUCUGUUCUUAAGCUCAAAACACAAGGCAGUGAAUUGUAGCUUUGACUUUCUGUUCUUAAGCUCAAAACACAAGGCAGUGAAUUGUAGCUUUGACUUUCUGUUCUUAAGCUCAAAACACAAGGCAGUGAAUUGUAGCUUUGACUUUCUGUUCUUAAGCUCAAAACACAAGGCAUUGAAUUGUAGCUUUGACUUUCUGUUCUUAAGCUCAAAACACAAGGCAGUGAAUUAUAGCUUUGACUUUCUGUUCUUAAGCUCAAAACACAAGGCAUUGAAUUGUAGCUUUGACUUUCUGUUCUUAAGCUCAAAACACAAGGCAGUGAAAUGUAGCUUUGACUUUCUGUUCUAAAGCCCAAAACACAAGGCAGUGAAAUGUAGCUUUGACUUUCUGUUCUUAAGCUCAAAACACAAGGCAGUGAAAUGUAGCUUUGACUUUCUGUUCUUAAGCCCAAAACACAAGGCAGUGAAAUGUAGCUUUGACUUUCUGUUCUUAAGCCCAAAACACAAGGCAGUGAAAUGUAGCUUUGAUUUUCUGUUCUUUAGCUCAAAACACAAGGCAGUGAAAUGUAGCUUUGACUUUCUGUUCUUAAGUUCGAAACACAAGGAAAAUCCUGUUAAUCGAAAUUUCAUGAAACUUUCUGAAGUCAAAAUAUCAGUUUCCCAUCCAAAGAAACACGCUUUCCCAUUUUACAAAAGCAUAUCGGCAACAUGGAGAUUGACUUCUUGGACAGGUUCACAUAAUGGCACGUUAUUCCGCAGCUAAUGUCAGGCGCAGAUUCAAAAAAGUUUUGGACUUGCUAGCAUGGAUUAAGGCUAUACAAUCGUCAUGUGCAUACCAUGUCUAAAAAAAAACAACAACACCCGAAUACAUUUCAACUGCCGAUGAAGCAUUACAAAAUUCUUGAAAAUCUUUCAUGUAAUAUGAAAUGAUCCUAAAGAUAAGUGAAAUAAUAAAGGAUUUAUUACGAAUAGAUUCGCAUUUAUUUUUAAAAAGAGCCGAUGCUACACCAGAGACGCAGGUUGCUGACCACUGAGGUCUUCUUCAGUUCACCACACCAAGGGAUUGCAGACGAAAGCUGGCUAAAAAAAUCACACAUAACUCUGCGGAGGAAAGUAGGGCGUCCCAAACUGAUGUCACAGCAUGAAAUUUGACGAGUCCCAACGCGACGUGUUGAGUGGUUCCCAAAAUUCAGAAUGGCUUAGCGGCAAGUGUUUGGAAUCAAAACUUAUAUUUUUUUAAAACGAUCACUGGUUUACGUCAUGCCGUAUGUUCUGCGUGGAUUCCUCAGGUUACGGUGACCUCGUCCCCAUCACGUCGGAGGGAAAGAUCGCCAGCAUGCUGUACGCGGUGUUCGGCAUCCCCCUGGUCCUGCUGUGUCUGACCAACCUCGGCUCGUUCCUGGCCACCUUGUACCGCUUUACCUGGAAGCACGCGUCUCACCUGUGGUACAUGUGCCUGAGGUCGCCUAAACGUGAGUACAUGUCUGAAACUGUGGUACAUAUGUGUCUGAGGUCAACUAAACGUGAGUACAUGUCUGAACCUGUGGUACAUGUGUCUGAGGUCAACUAAACGUGAGUACAUGUCUGAACCUGUGGUACGUGUGUCUGAGGUCACCUAAACGUAAAUACAUGUCUGAACCCGUGGAACAUGUGCCUGAGGUUGCCUAAAGAUAAGUACAUGUCUGAAGCUGUGGUACAUGUGUCUGCGGUCGCCUAAACGUGAGUCCAUGUCUGAGAGCGGUCGAUCAUGAAGGAAAAUAGUGUGAGCAUUGUGUUGGUUAUAUUUUAACACAUCUCUCCCCCAUUGCACACGUUUCGUUGUCCGUAUACCAUAGUUAGAAAUAAGUAGACCUCUUUUUUUAUGCGAACCAAAUGUUUAACUAUGAAUAAGUUUGUGUCGGAUCGUUAUUAUUUUUCGAAAAGAAGAUCGUUAUUUAAGACAAACAAAAAGCUUUACGACUUUGAGCAGUAAACAUGUGAACAUGUAAGCAGUAAACAAAUUAUUUUUUUCCCAUGAUGAGGCUGCCUAACUGGAUUUCUCAACCAACAUUGUCUUUUCAGUGUUAGCGUACAGCUUACGUAGGCUAUCGAAUUAUAAUAACGUGUCUAAUCUGCUGCUUUGUUCUAGUCUUGGUGAUUGAGGUCAUUUUACUCAACAUUUGUAUACCUCAAACAAUAACCAAAAUUUAAAGAGAAAACCAACAAAAAGUUUAAAAAAAAAAAAUCUUCUCAUCUUCCUGGGUCGACAGGUACAUUGUAGCCAAAAUUUCGAUCAAAUAUUUUUUUUUCUUUCCUGUCACUCGUCUAGAGCGUCAGAUACAGAUCUUUUGACAGAACUGUUUCUGUCACCGGGCACCCAAGAGGGAAUCUCUAUUUAUAUAUUCUAUACGUGAAAGCCCAGCACGAUUUCCCCAGACAAUGUCUGUCUUGAUGUUUUCUUCUCACCAGGCAACCGACCCAUGGUGCAGACGUCCGAGGUCCGAGUGCCCAUAGCCGUGUCAACGCUGACCAUGAUCAUCUACAUUCUGGCCGGCGCGGCUGUGUUCGCCAAGUGGGAGAACUGGUCGUUCCUGGACGGCUCCUACUUUUGCUUCAUCACCCUCAGCACGAUUGGCUUUGGUGAUUUCGUGCCCGGCCAGGUAAAGGCUGUCGUACCUUGGGUCCAAUCCCGUCAGUAAAAAAGGGUUUCAUUGAUUAAGUAAGAGCCCUUGUCCGUGGUCAAAAUGUCCAUACCCCCGACCUCAUCCCGUACACAAAACUAGCUUUUUGGGUUGAGCAAAUAAUCCAAUGAUACUAAUGAUCUUCUCUGUGUCCACUUAUAAAAUGUAGAAUUGUUCUGAUCCGUCUUUUGACUUGGUUCUACAAAGGUGUCAAGCCUGAUGAAGUAAGGGGGGAUAAUUGGAGGGUAGCAGUUAUUUGUUCGUUGUUUCAUUUUUAUAUUUACAAUUGGGGCCGGAAGCAAAGUAAUUAAUUUUUAAGGCAUCAAGCAGUCAAGGCGAAAAAAAAAGGGACAUUUUUUUUAAUUUGAAAAAUGUCAUUUGGAGGGGGUGGAGUGGGGGUGGAGUUCCUGCAUUUAUUUUUUCCACUUUAUCUUUUACCGUAGAUAGGUGAGUGCAACAGAUAGCUUAUGUGUUUUGUGCGUCAAGAGGUCUUAGUCUCACAACUUAUCCACUCUAGCUUAGUCUGGUCUUAAAUCUAGCGAGGUCAGGCAGUUGCUGUUCAUUUUUUUUUUAGAGAAUGGGAUUACAUGUAACAAAGAAAAAUAUUUGGACCCAUUAGGGACUACAUUAACGAUUUUUAAACGACUAUUGCUCUUGUUAGGUCUCUAUAAAUUCCGCCAGCCCCAACCAGAUUUAACGCUACCUAGUAUUUUUCCCCCCUCCCCUUUCCUCAUAUAACCGUUCACUUCUAGAACCAUUAAUUUAAAACAAAACAAACAAACAAACAACAUUUUUUUUACCCUUAAACAAUAAAACAUAAAUUUAAAAAAGUGAAAACUGCCUGUGCUCACUUACGCACAGAGACGACGCAUGCCUUUUUGAGGACCAUUGACACUUUUCGGGUUUGUGCCCUUUCCAUUCGAAGCUCAUAGUUUUAAAAUCAUUUACAUAUCCCGAAUUUGGGGCCCAUUAAAUAUUUCAGGCCCACUGCAGCCGAAGGGUUUGCAAGGCCCACGCGAUCGCUCUUCUUUGUUAUGUAUGCAAAAAUCCAUUCUGUCGUAUGUGUCAUUGUACAGGCAUAUCCACAUAUUUUCACUCCGACCGCAAUAGCAAUUUUCCGCGACUGUUUGAUUUACCGAAAUUUAAAGUUAAAUACUGUUUUUAUUUAUUUAUUUAAAUAAAAUGCAACUUAUCCUACCAUGUAGUAAGACGUUUUUUUCUCAUACGCCUAAGAAUAAAAUUCGUGACUUGUACUUCAUAUCUUUAAAAAAAAAAAUUAUGUAUAAAUUGACAAUUUUAUUAUUUAAAAAAAAUUUAAUUACAGAUGACGAUGACAUCAACAGAUUUGCUAGUCGUACUAGUACAGCAGUUCUCAACCUGUGGGUCGUAACCCCUUUGGUUGGGGGUCGCACGACCCAUUUCCAGGUGUCGCCUACGACCUCUUGAACACACAUAUGCUCUACAGUUAUGAAGUAGCAACGAAAAUAAUUCUGUGGCUGAGGAACUGUAUAAAGGGUCGCGGCAAUAUGGAAGGCUGAGAGCCACUGUACUAGUAGAGUGUCCGCACAGGGGUGUUUUAAACAAUUUGUUGUGGUGUCAUAUCCUUCUUAAAAGGGUUUAUUGUAACAAAAUAUGAAGAUUUCCCUCUCUGUAAAUCACACACACUUGAACCGUGAGUCAACAUUGCACUGUGCGAGCAAGUACUGCUCUGUGUGUUUCAUCGGGGCCCUGUUCUGCUCAGAAUUACUCCAUCUUGUUCAGAACUGGCCCGUCAUGUUUAGCAAUGCUACAUCCAUUUUAUCAAAAAUAUCUUUGUCAGCAUUGCUCCGUCUUUGUCAGCAUACCUCCGUCUUUGUCAGCAUUGCUCCGUCUUUGUCAGCAUACCUCCGUCUUUGUCAGCAUUGCUCCGUCUUUGUCAGCAUACCUCCGUCUUUGUCAGCAUUGCUCCGUCUUUGUCAGCAUUGCUCCGUCUUUGUCAGCAUUGCUCCGUCUUUGUCAGCAUACCUCCGUCUUUGUCAGCAUUGCUCCGUCUUUGUCAGCAUUACUCCGUCUUUGUCAGCAUUGCAACGCCUUGUUUAACAUAUUGCUGUUUAGCUGAGAACGGAUCCAUCUAGCGUAGCUAGUAUUUUACAUUUUGCUUACUUUAUACAACUUUAAAGAUUGUUUAACAUUGUUCACCUCCCCCCUCCCCCCUCCCCGCUAGUUCAAACUUUGCAUUUUUUUUUACUUUGUUAUAAAUCUAAAAAAUCUAAUAGUAAAUCUCUUCCCGCUAACAUCCACGCUUCGUUAAAUUUAAAGAAAAAAAAAAUCUCAUCUCCAACAUUCGACCAAAAUGCCACCUUAAAGAAGACCAUUUAAAAAAUCUCCGAGACUCCACAAAACCCACUAUUUUAAGUCAAACUUAUUCACUUUUUUUAUAGUUGCAACAUCAAAUUUAGGAAUGUGAGAGAAAUAUAAGCAUUUAAAAAAAAAAAAGAAAAAUCUUUAAAUUUGCGCUGGCAAUUGAAAGUGUUUGUGAUGGCUUAUCAAGUCUUAUGAUUUGAUUGCCUUGUGUCAAGAAGCCUUUGGUCAGCGUGUAUUCACGCGAUUAAAAAGAAAGGGUGGGGUAAAAAGGGGGGGGCAGGAGGAAGGAGCGCUGUGAUUUUUUUAAGGCUCUUCAGAUUCUGUCACCCAGCAGAACUUUAUUGCGAGGCACGCCUCAAUUUGACUUUUAAAAAACAUUCUCUACACUUUCUCAUACGUUAUCGGUUUUUUCCUCCACAUAACCUAGAACACGAUCUCAAUGGACUCGACGGCCAAACGAGUCGUGUGCGCCCUCUACCUCCUCUUCGGCCUGGCUCUCCUGUCCAUGAUCUUCCAGCUCAUUCAGGACUCGGUGACCAUCGUCGUCCGCCGCUACGCCAGCUUCCUGGGCCUCAGCGAGAAACAGAUCGAGAAGGACAUCGAGGACUCCGUCGAC